CACAGAACGCUGAAAACCGCUGUCUAGUUUAGAACUAAUACUCUGCCGAAACCUCAAAGAUGACGCCGUGCUGGACUCAAACUAUUGCUUUACUGAGCGCGCUGCUGUUGGCCAAAGGGGCGUGCGGUGGCAGAACAUCUGUGUUUCCUAACACCAGCAAGCAUCUACGGGUCGCACGCGAUACACGGAACAUACCAAUCGAUAAGUUCCAGUCGAUAAAUGCUACGAUGCAGGCCGUUGACGAAGACCCGCUGGAUGCGACAGCAGCAGGUGGCACUGACGAGGAAUUCGCUGUGGCCUCAACAGCGGAGGCGCGUCGUAUUGGCGGUCCCUCCGAUGAAAGCUCAUCAGCCAGUCAAAGUUUUUUUAAAGAGACCAAAUAUAGUGGAAAUAACAACGAAAAUCGUCAGAAUAUUCCUGAUAGUGAUCCCAGAUUCAAUCAACCUUUUGGUUAUCAGCCUGGUCUGCGCCCCGUACCCAGGCCAUAUCCCAUCCCCAGCUCAAUGCAACCACCCUAUACAGGUUUUCGUCCAAACUUUGGACCCAGCACUAUUCAUACGGGAUUCCGCAACUCACCCAUUCCCUUCCCGGUGCCUGGUUCAAUGUCACACUCAUCGAGGGGAUUUCCCAUUAGCAGUGGACCAAAUGAUGACGAUAUGAUUCCUCUAAUGUCACGCGGCAUGAACACCUUUCCCUAUCCAGUUGGAAGCUCAUUUGUGUCUAGACAGUCCUCGAUGCCCACACCUUUCGGCUUCGAUGGUGACUCUUCGGGUGGGUCAUCGGGCAACUUCUUUCGCUCACAAUCCUACAGCAUUACGUCUGAUGGCAUGGGAGCCCCGCGCGUGGAGCACAAUGUUUUUGAUUCCCGUGACGGGUUUGGCAUGCAAUCGCGUAAUUUUUAAACUAAUAUGUAUUUACUUUAAUGCUAGGUUGAAAUCAAUACUCGAAUAAAGAAACCAAUUAAACAAAUAUA